GGGAUGACCCGUUCUCAACACUUCUUCACCAUUGCAACAAGAAUUGAUGCCCACGCCAUGCAAAUCUCUGGCAAUACUGAGUUCCACUUGUUCAUGGACAUGCGAGCUGAGUUUGCAUGGAUCUCCUUCAAGAUGAUGCCCAAACAGUGGGUUGUAGCUACUGAGACCUACAAUAACCAUCUCAAGGAGAAGAAUCAUGCUAAUGGGCUCGAAACAGUGAAGAAGAACCCUUAG